AUGUUAAAAAAAUUAUUAACAGUUCAUAAUUUUUAUUUGAAAUAUAAUAAACGUUUUUUUUGUCAUGAUGUAGUAAAUUUAGGAAUUCUUGCACAUAUUGAUGCAGGAAAAACAACAAUUUCAGAAGAUAUUUUAUAUAAUUCGAACGAAAUAAGAGUAAAAGGAAAUAUAAAUGAUCAAAACACACAAUUGGAUUUUCUUAAACAGGAAAGAGAAAGAGGGAUAACAAUAAAAACAGCUUAUUCAUGUUUUAAAUGGAAUAAUGUAAAUGUAAAUUUAAUAGACACUCCUGGUCAUAUCGAUUUUAGUAAUGAAACUUUUUUAUCUUUGUGUGUAUCAGACAAAUGUGUUAUUGUUGUUGAUGCAAAAGAAGGUUUGCAGAUCCAAACAUUAAAUAUAUUUCGUUAUAUAAAAGAAAAUAUUCCAAUUUAUUUUUUUUUAAAUAAAAUGGAUAUAAAUGAAAUAGAUAUUGAUUACAAUUGUAAUAGUCUAAAAAAUGGUUUAAGUAAAAAAAGUAUACUUAUAACAUAUCCAAUUUAUGAAAACAAAAAAUUAAAAUAUAUAUUAGACUUGCCUUCUAUGCAUUUAUAUUAUUAUCCUCAAGUUAAAUAUGGUCAAAAGCUAGCUUAUAAAAAUAUACCUUUAGCCAAUAUUUUAAAAAAUCGUAACCAUGAAAAUAUAUAUAAUCAUUUUUAUCUCAUUGAGCCAUGUAUAGAUAUAGACGAAAGCGAUAAAAUUGAAGAGGCUAAUAACAUUUUGAACAUUUUAAAUGAUGAAACAAUUGAUUAUAUAAUAAAAAAACGAGAAGAACUUGUAGAAUUUUUAUGUGAUUUAGACAAUCAAAUUGAAUAUAAAUAUUUAAAUAAUAUUCCUAUAAAAUAUGAUAUUCUUAAAAGCAGUUUGAUUAAAUAUAUAAAUAUGAGAUAUAUAUUCCCCAUAUUUUCAGGGAGUGCUCUUAAUUCUUAUGGGGUUCAUAUCCUCCUGGAUUAUAUAACACACAAUGAUAAAAACGGAAAAAUCGAAAGUAUAAAACUUGAUCAUAUAAAUGAUGGUAGUGAAAAAUGUAAAAAUAAUUUAAACGUUUCUAAUGAAGCUGUAUUUGAUAAAAUAAAAAAUAGCCAUAAUAUAUUAAAUAAAAAAUAUGAUAUAAGUAAUAUUUAUAAAACUAUCUUAUUUAUAUUCAAAUUAGUAAAUGAAAAAAAUGGGUAUAAUACAUUUUGUAAAGUUCUUAAAGGGAAUUUAUUAAAAAAUUCCAAACUGUGUAACAUACGAAAUAAUAAAUAUGAACUAGUAAAAAAUAUUUAUAAAAUAAAAGCAGACCGAUAUAUAAUGACUAAUGAAUUAAAUAGUAAUGACAUUGGUAUGAUAAGAGGGUUUGAAAAUAUAUUAGUCUGUGAUAUUAUGUAUGAAAUAAAUGAAUUAGCAAGUUCUAUGGAUAAAGAAAAAGUAAAGAAAGACGAUAAUAAUUAUUAUAUAAAAGAAGAAAAGAAAUAUAAAAAUAUUAACGACAUCAAUAAAGUUGAGAUGAUAAAAAAUAUUUCUGAUAUUGUUAUGAGCAAUUCUGGAAAUAAAUGGACAGGAAAUAGUGAACUAGCCAAAUUCAAUGAAGUGUACAAAAUAUUGGGUAGUGAAAUAAAAAAUAAAGGAUUAUGGUAUUUUUUAAAAAAUUAUAAAAAAAGAAUCAGUAAAAAUAUAAUUGUUUGUACUUGCUCAAUAGAACCUAAAGAUUAUAGAAAAGAAAAAGAAUUGAAAAAGAUACUAAAUGAUAUAUGUUUAGAAGAUAAUAGUAUAAUUUCAUAUACAGAUAAAAAUAAUAAAUUAAUAAUUGGAUCUAUAGGUAUAUUAAAUAUUGAAGUAACAUUAGAUAAAAUAAAAAGUGACUACAAAAUUGAUAUUAAAACUGAUGAUGUUGAAAUAGUACAAAAAGAAUAUAUUUUAGGAAGUUAUGAAGAUACUAUUAAAAAAGAAAUAAAAAUAAAUUCUAAAUUUUCAAGCAUAUUAAUUGGUUUAAAUAUUAAAGAAAAAGAAUUUAUAGAUGUUUCAAAAUAUAUUCAAAAUAUUUUAAGAUGUGAUGAUUUACCAGAACCUUUAUUAUCUCCAAAUAAAACAAGUACCAAUGUUAAUUAUUCAUCUUAUGAAGAUAAAAAUAAAAAUAAAAUUCCCAAAUAUUCUUUUAUAAAAAGUAAUUCUGCAACAUAUUAUAAUAAUUCCAAGAUUCAGACAGAUGUAAAUAAUAGUACCACCUUUGAUUCUAAUAUUAAUGAAGUUAGUAAAACAGAAUCUAAAAUUUCAAAUACAUCUGAAUUAUUAGCAGAUAGCCAUUUAGACAAUAGUGAUAACAUACUUGAUGAAAAUGAUGAAUCAGAUGAAGUUGAUGAUUAUUUAUUAAAUUUUAAUUAUGAGAACUUAUUUCAAAGUACGGUAGUAAUUGAUAAAAAUGUUGAAACAUAUAUUGAAGAUUUAAAAAAAAGGGAUAAAAAAAAUGAAAAAUUUUAUGAAGAUAUAUUAAAUAGUUGUAUAACUACUUUAAAAAAUUGUUUAAGUAAUGGAUAUAGAACAAAUGGAAGUAUUAUUAGUACAGAAGUUAAAGUAACAAAACUUGAAAUACCUGAUGAUUGUACAUUAGCUGUUGCUAAAUAUGCAUGUAAUGAUUUAUAUUAUCAAAUAAUUAGAAAAGCAAAUAUAUGUAUAGCAGAACCAAUAACAUUAAUUCAAAUACAAACUCAUGAAUCUUAUAUUGGGGCUAUAGUAAAAAAUCUAGUUCAACAUAAAAAUGGAACUAUUAUACAAAUUAUGAAAAAUAAAGAGCAAAAUGAUUUUAAGAUUAUGAAAAUAGUUGCUCUUAUUCCUGUUAAGCAUACCACCAAUUAUGCCUCUGUUUUAAGAUCCAUUUCGAGUGGACAUGCAGAUUUUUACAUGACUUUCUGCGGUUACAAAAAGGUAUAA